GUGAGGAUGUCCAGACCUCGGCUGGAAAGACAUCAAGCCCAGGGGGACACGUUGCCCCAGAUCUGUGGAUGAAGCUCAUAAAGGAGGAAGAACCGACAGAUGAAGAUCACCUCUAUGAAACUUCAGGUGAAGGAACAUCAAGCUCUGAGGAAGACAUCAUCACUGUCACCGUGGGCCAGCAGGACGAUGGUGUGAAAGAAGAAGAACAAGAUGAAGAUUCUGAGGAUGAUGAUCAUCUCUACUGUGAGGAGUGCAGAUCCUUCUACAUCAGUAAGUGCGAGGUUCACGGUCCGGCUCUCUUCAUCCCUGAUACCCCCGUCCCCAUGGGGGUGGUGGAGCGAGCCAGGCGAACCCUUCCACCCGGUCUGGAGGUUCGGGAGUCCGGUAUUCCUGAUGCAGGUCUGGGAGUGUUUAAUGAGGGGGGAACGGUUCCGGUGGGUGCACACUACGGCCCCCAUGAGGGAGAGGUGGUGGAUCGAGAAAAGGCCAUAAACAGUCGAUACUCCUGGGUGAUUCGGAGGAGAGGUCAGUGUGAGGAGUACAUAGACGCCAGCUCAGAGGUCCAUGCUAACUGGAUGAGGUACGUGAACUGCGCCCGUAACGAUGAGGAGCAGAACCUGGUGGCGUUCCAGUACCGUGGAAGGAUUCUGUACCGGUGCUGUCGACCCAUCCAGCCAGGACACGAGCUCUUGGUGUGGUACGGAGAGGAGUACGCUAAAGAUCUCAGCAUCACGUUUGAUUACCUCUGGAACAAGAAGUGCUCCACUGAAGCGAUGAACGGUACCCAGCUGCAGAUCUUCUCCUGCUCCGUCUGUCCUCUCACCUACACGGCUCAGAUCUACCUGCACAGACACAUCAAGAGGUCCCACUACGACGAGUACGCACGCCUGCUGAAGUCAGGAGAGAUCACGUACGAGAACCUGACGCCCACCAGAAGCGCCGGCGGAAACGCGUCCCGCAAGCAAAUGCUCUACUGCUCACGCUGCGACAAGAGUUUCCAUAAAAAGAGCGACCUGGAAAAGCACCAGCGCGCUCACACCGGGGAGAAGCCGUAUCAGUGCUCGCAGUGCGAGAAGAGCUUCACUCAGCAGAGUAAUCUCCAGCUGCACCAGCGCGUUCACUCCGGAGAGAAGCCCUUUCGGUGCUCGCACUGCGGGAAGAGCUUCACGUACCGGAACUCCCUUCAGAAGCACCAGCGCAUUCACACCGGAGAGAAGCCGUAUCAGUGCGCGCAGUGUUGGAAGAGCUUCACCUCCGACAGCCAUCUGAAGGAUCACCGGCGCAUCCACACGGGCGAGAAGCCGUACCACUGCGUGGAGUGCGGCAAGAGCUAUCGCGACAGGUGCCAUUUCAAAACGCACCAGCGCAUUCACGCCGGAGAGAAACCCUAUCAGUGUCUGCAGUGCGGCAAGUGUUUUACUCACCAGACGUCCCUCCAGCGGCACCACCUCCUCCACACCGGAGAGAAGCCGUACCAGUGCCUGCAGUGCAACACCGGUUUCGCCCGCCAGAGCGCCCUCAGCCAGCACGAGUGCGUUCACACGGGCGUGAAGCCGUACCCGUGCCCCCAGUGCAGCAAGAGCUUCACCCAGCAGAGGCACCUGGAGCGGCACAAGCUCAUCCACACCGGAGAGAAGCCCUUCGAGUGCUUACAGUGCGGAAAGUGUUUCAACACCCAGACUAACCUCCAGCAGCAUCAGCGCAUUCACACGGGAGAAAAGCCGUAUUACUGCUCGCAGUGCGGGAAGAGCUUCACUCAGCGGAGCAAUCUCCAGCAGCACCAGCGCGUUCACACGGGGGAAAAACCCUAUCGGUGUUCGCAGUGCGAGAAGAGCUUCAGUAGCCUGGCUCACCUCCAACAGCACGAGCGCACUCACACCGGGGAGAAGCCGUACCAGUGCCUAGAGUGCGGGAAGAGCUUCACCCAGCGGAGCAAUCUCCUACAGCACCAGCGCAUUCACACAGGAGAAAAGCCCUACCGCUGCUCUUACUGCGGGAAGAGCUUUACCCAGCGGACGAGUCUCCGUCAGCACGAGCACAUUCACACGGGGGAGAAGCCGUUUCAGUGCCCACAGUGUGGGAAGAGUUUUACCGCUUCAAGCACGCUUAAAAAACACAAAUGCGUCAACACGCAGCCGCCCGCGCCAGACACGUGACUCGGCCUUAAUAAAUAAAAAGGAAAAAAAAUAAAUAGGCUGGGUGCCUAUACAGACAGUGAUUGGCUGGUCUAAGGGCUAAAGGCCGUCCUCACAACUGCUGUGAUUACGCCCUCUGCUGGCCGAUCGAUGGCGCUGCACAUGGAUCUCCGUAUGAACCCUGGUGCAGGUGAAAAGAAGCGGUUGGUACUGCACGCGUGUCGGAGGGGGCGUGUGUUAGUUACGACCCUCCUCAGUCAGGAGUGGAGGUCAAAUACGACUCGGAUAUGUCUAGAUUGGGAGGAACAUUAGGAGAAAUGCAUUAACAAACAUCCAACAGACCCUGUAGUUAUAUUUGGUUUAAGCUCGAUAGGACACCAAAAUAAAUAACAAUCAUGUUUUUUAUUAAACUUGUGAGCAUAAAGCUGUAAUAUUGUAAAAAGUAAUAAAACCACUGAAUGUUGCUUUAAUUAACAUUUAGUGUAAAAUGUUUUACAGACGAUGUGAUGCUGGAUUAUUGUGGUGCUAAACGCUGUCACUGUGACCAGAGAUUUAAUUAGAGAUAAACGUAAAUGUAAAACAUUAAGCAUCCAGUGGCUUAUCCUCAUGGUGCAGAAGAAUUCUGAGCCACAACUAAAUGCGUUCUACGUCAAAUCUGCUGGUCGCAUUUGGCUCCCGGAUGGAAGGUGUUAAAACACUGUUAUUACAUGGUUGUUUGUCAUUUUUAUGUUUGUUUUUAUGCUUAUCAUUUAAACGUUUUGCUAAAUUGAAUAAUCGUGUAAUAGUAAAUUGAUGAAUAAUUUACUCACCCUACUCUAAACUCUAAAUGUUUUCUCUCCUGUUUUAAUGUAUUUUAAUAUGAAUAGAAAUGUCAUAGUUUUAGGAAACCUCAGUGG